AUGGCGAGUAUGAAUAACAUUUUCACUCUGACGCGAUACAAAUCGCCUCUUCCUCCAAACGUCAUAAUCGCCGAAACAAAGCUUGGAUUCGCCAAACUCCAACACUCCAAUUUGGGCGCGCUCGUCGGCCCUGAAAACGGCGGGUAUUAUCUCAAGUAUCCAGAGGGCAAGGUCGUAGCCGUCGCUAAUGACAGGCUAUGUUCCGUUAUCGACGAAAAGUUUAUGUCGCUAAUUUUCUAUCUCGAGAGAGAAGCUCUGCACGAAGAGGCUAACGAAACUAUGGAGGAUUUACGGAAAGCUGGGAUUGACGCUGAUAGGCUUAAGGCAGAAGCGAGCGAUGAGAUCAAGAGCGGUGCCUGCGUUCGAGAUGGCAUACGCAUUGGUAUCUAUUACUUUUUGAAGCUAUGGCAAUACAGGAUGCAUAUCCCUGAACCCAAGCGUGUGAAUGGAUAUUCAUCAAGUAUCCUGACUAGAAACGAAUUUAUGAUAUACAAUGCUAUUUAA